AUGGUACACCUGCCUUUAUCGAGAAGUCGCUCCGGGCGGCGCGCGGUGCCAGACCUGAGCCGGUACCAGCAGUUCUACGAGGCUGAUGCCGCUGAUGGGUAUUCAACAGGCAGCGGCUUGUCGUCUGCGGCGGCGUCGGUUGCGUCACUCCGAAGACCAGGGGUUGGGAUGGGGCGGACUCAGUCACUGACUGGGUACGGGCGGACGCGGUCGCUAGGAGCUGCUCGGCCCAGCUACCUCGGUGCGCCUCCGCGGACUUACAGUAUGAGCUCGCAACGACGCGCGAAUUCGCUACGCAGCAACAACGGCUUUGGCCCUCCUGCUGUCGCAGCUGGCAAUACGAUAACGGUGAAGACGACGGAAACGAAGGACCUCCAGGGCCGUACACGGACCGUGACUCGCCAGACGGUGAAGCACAUCAAUGGCGUACGCUAUGUGGAGACCACUACUACAAUGACAAUGCCGGAUGGAGAAUACCCCGAUGACUUCUACGGGUUUGAGGGAGACUUCACCGCGAAGCAAACAUCUUCGGGCCACGUGUAUCAGAAUGCUCGCGGUGCUCCAGAUAUCUCAGACAUCGCCGAAGAAGAAAGCCUCGAAGAAUACCUGGAUGCGCGGGACACCGCGCCAGCGUUACGUAUUCAGCUAAGGGCGCCACCACGUGUGCAGCAACAGCGGCAGCUUCAACGCCAACGCCGACUGUCUGACACGAAUUUUCCGGCCCGGAGAAGUGCGAAGUCAUCACCAGCUCGCCAAUCGAGCGAGGAGCCGCCUGCCACCACCAAGCCUCAUCGAAUACGUUUCGAUGAGACUCCCCAGAUCGUCGGGAUAGACCCGCCUACACAGAAGAAAGCGCCAAAGAAACAAAUGACAGAACAAGAGAUGUAUAUGCAUGCUCUUGAUGCCGCGCGCAAGAAGGUGUAUGGUGAAAUCAGUCAACCUGCGCUGGAGGCAAAACAGCCCCAUCGUAGUACCAUGUCUAAACGCAUGACACUGCGGGAUGAGGCAACGCUUGCCGCUAACACACCACCUGAGCGUUCGCGGCCAGCGAAGAGAGAGGUUCGCAAGAAAGAAGGACAUUCACAUCAUAACUUCCUCUCCGUUUUACGCCGCGACUCCUCUCCCAAACGACACGCAGUACAGCCAAGUGAGCGGGUCCAUAAUAAGGAAAAGACGCUCGAAAUGACACCGGAUUCCAGCUCCGCCAGCAGCUACGAGGAAGCAAGGUUCGAACACUCCGAUGAGAUGUAUAAUAAGGCUCUUGAAGUUGCCAAAAAGAAGUAUCAUCUAACGCAAGAAAACAGCACGAGGGAUAAUGGUACUACGGAGUGCCCACGCACUCCAAUGACAUCGCUGAUGUCGACAAACGUUUCUUCAGAUACUGCAGAGAGCACACUGCUGGGUACACCAGUUUAUUCAUCUAAUGCGCCUUUCGAUAGGUCUCCACAACCCUCUUCCGGCUGUGAAACAGGAAAUACCACGCCGAAGUCAAUCCCACGGCGUCCCAGUUUCCUUGAUAAAUUGGUGCGGUUUAGCCAGGAGAAAUAUGGCUACCGCCCUCGCCGGUCAAUAAGUUCCCAAGGGCACAAGGCCGAGCAUGAGCACGUCUUCACUGAUGACAUCCCGCCCUUGCCGGACAUCCCCCUUGUCGAUCCUAUGCAGGUCAAACCAAAGGAUGUGCCUCUGCCGACAGUCGAGCCGGCCUUAGGGCCCACAGAUGUCAGUCCGGCACGGGUGGCCGACCCAGAGUCCAAUAUAGAGACGCCUCGGACGCUGGCGCCGGCUCGCAGUUCGAUUAGUAGUUCACCCCGGAGGUCUUCGCCGCCACAGGCGUUCCAAGAGCUGGUCCCGCUUCAAAGCACGCAGUCAGAAACCACCGGCGACCUAGCGGACGCGCUAGCACUUGGAGACAAUUCCCUGGACCUCCUGCCGGGCCGUGUGAGUGAGAUUUCGCCCAAAACAUCCUUCGAGCACUUCGUGCUGGCCCCAGAGGUCCCGGAAACAGAUGAAAAGCCCGCAGCAGCGCCCGCAGUCGCUGCAGAGGCCCCGCUCAGCAACCCGCCGAGCGUGGUGGUCGUCCCCAGCGCCACUUCAAGUGUCCCGGCCGCGCAGGGCGCCGCGCCAGGCGUAGCGGUCACCGAGGGCCCCAGCCUGGGCGGGCCGGCCGCGCCGGUCCGCGCGCUGCACGCCACCAAGACCGCGGCCGCCCCGGCCAAGAAACGCAGCUUCUUCCACAAAUUGUUUAAGAAGUACUGA